CUCCUUUCAGAACAGAAAAGUCAAGAACUCUCGCCAUCUCACAAGAUAAGCCUAGACAAGAUGAAAAGAGCCGUAUCGAGUUCGUCAAGACAAGUACCGUCCCAGCAGCCCGUUUCGUGUUCGCUCUGUCGGACACGGAAGCUGAAAUGCGAUCGGAAUCAGCCCUGUUUCAACUGUUCAUCGCGGCAGAUGGAUUGCGUCUAUUCAAAUAAUCGACGGAACGGGGGAUCGUCGACGUCGACGACGGAGGAUUGUGAUAGGUUUCUCUCCUGACUAUACCUGCAUACUAAGUAAGGUAUCACUGCAUCAUAGCUAACACUCAUUAUUAAAGCGACAACUCGGCUCUGCUCUACCGGAUAAAAAGACUGGAAGAGGCGGUGUUUCGCGACGAUGCGGCGGCCAAAGGUUCGGAU